GCCCGUAAUUAAUAUCUUCACCAUACAGACUAAUACCCACCACACACAGAUUAAUAUAUGGAUGUCUUAGACUAAUAUCCGGCUACACAACAAAAAUAUCCACACAUCAUGAACUAAUAUCCUCCAAUCACAUAAUAAUAUCUUAUCACCACACACUAAAAUUUAACACCACCCUAACUAAUAUCUAUUAUUGGUUCAUGGGCCUUCGGCCCAUGGGCCCUAGGCGGGCAGCCCUAACUAAGGUUGCAAGCCUUAUGUGUUAGGUCUUGAUAGUGUGUUUAAUUUGAUGGAGACACAAUAUUCAUUACUUCGCAAACUAAUAUCCAUCACAUUUCAUAUCAGUUCAUGCAAAAAUAAAUAUUCAUACCGCCGAGACUAAUAUCCAACAUUAACAAAUAUCAGACCUGCAAAGAUAUAAAGUGCUUCACGAAGAGGAGAAAAAGUGGAAAAAAAAGAAAUAAAAGAGAGAGGGCAAGGUGGGUGAGUAUUUAAUGCGUAUUCUCUCCCCUCCAAUUAAAUCUCCUUUUUUCUUUCCUUUUUUUCCUGUCACUUUUCUUUCCCUUUUCUCUUCAAUCCCGCCCAAAAGCAUGGUGGACCCGCGCCACUUCACCAGCUCCUCCUCAUGGCUCGGCUCAACAGAAAAAGCCCAUCCCCUUUCUAUUAUAGCUCACUUAAAUGAGCCUCUCCCUUUCAACCAUUGGAUCACGAUUGAGCCUCCGUGGCCAUCAUCCUGGCCGUAUCAGUAUAUGCUAACAGAUUUCCCUGUUAGCAGUUUAACUUUUUCGAGCUCCGCCUACCUCCAAACUCCUUUCUCCUUGGUCGCCGGCGUGCGUUAUCUUCCUUCAAUCCGUCUAUGGCGACCGAGAUCUGCACCUCGGAUUGGGAUCUGCACCUGCCGCUGGGGAAACUCUUUGGGCUUUCAGGAAGAAAAAAACGAGCAAUCAGGUCAGAUGCAAGCCUUAUGAACAGCAAACUCGGGUUCGAUCUUCUCCUCGAGAUUCUGAUUCGCCUCCCCAAUCCUAGAUCCGCUUGCCACUGCAAAGUCGUCUGCCAGCUGUGGAGGUCCGUCAUCUCCCAUACCUCCUUCAAUCGCCGUUACGUUUCUCACCGACAGACUAUGAGCCCCAACGAUCUGAAAUCGAUGAUCCUCAGCUUUCUCCCUCCCCUGGAGAGCCAAGUUGGGGAGGGUUUGAAAGUUUUGGAUUGCAAGAGAGACUUGGUUUUAUGCGGGUUUUGGGUUGAACAUAGAUUGUCCGACGGCGGGGAACGCAGCAGAUCCUACUUGAUCUGCAAUCCGUUUACGAAGCAGUGGGCUGCUAGUAUCUCUAACGGAAUUGAGAGCUAGGGCCGCACGACCAAGAGUAAGGCCGUGACAGUGCUCUUCCUCUGGCACCGAAGAAGUUGGUGUUGCAUCUUGCUCCGGUGACAAGGUUAGUGUUGGAACCCCAACAACCUGUUUCUCGGUUCCGGGUGGUGUGUAUGUAUCAACAGGUCGACCCAAUACUAUCUAUCAAACUCGAUGUGUUUUGUUCCGAGUCUGGAGAAUGGAUCAAGGAUGCUCUUGUCCGCGACGAUCAUAUCAAACGUACAGAAUUGAUUUCGUGGAAUGGGGAGUUGUUUUGGAUGUACCAAGUUGACCACCAUCGGUUUGUUAUUCAUCAACCCGUGCUGGCGGUGUUUAAUCCUUUCCGACUCGACGUGCCUCCCACUUGCGUCGAUGUUCCAUCUUCACUCCUCGCGCAAUCGCAGUGGAUUAUAGCCCUUUCUCAAGAUGCGCUGCACGCAAUUGCACGACAAAGAGAAGACCUGCCUUUCCGUUUGAGCGUCUGGAGGCUGGAAGAGGACCGCAAGUCUUGGAAGAAACAAUGUGAGGGGCUGGUGAACAAGACAUCAAAGUGUUGUGGUAACUGUAGAGCUAAGUUCAUCAAUCAACCUUUCAUGCAUCCACAGAAGCCGGAAAUCGUCUUCUUCAACUGUGCCAGCAACAACAACGCUGUGUUGUUCUGUGAUUUGACAAGCGGGGAGGUAGAUUUCUUAGCUAAACUAGCAGCAGGAGGAGGAGGGUUACCUGACUUUUUGGAGUUCCAGCCAAGGGUUUCUAGCUGGGUUACUCCAAUUCCAAAGUUGGACGACAAGGGCAGCUGCUUCGGAUUUCUGUUUAAUGGUAGUAGUGAUCCAACAAAGCCCUGCCUCAGAUUCAGAGAUGCGGCAUUCGCUCCAGCCAAGAGUCUCUUGUUGACGGCCAAGGCACCAAGGGUUGCGAGGCGUCUAGUUUCCGGGCGUGUGCUGCGUAAGCAACAGGUUUUGGGUUCAAAACAGCAGUAAAGGUAAAGCAACAACUCCCUCACUCAAUUAUGUUAUGUGUAAUCACUUAUAAACUUACAUUCUUUUCUGCUGGCUAGUUCGGGAGGGCAUAGACCAAUCAAUCAAUAAUAUAUAUGUUUAUGUCAUUGCUUGGUACGAGUUGGACGUUUGUCGGUAGAGGUGGCAAUUUCAAUCCAAUCCACCAAUCCAAUCUAUCAAUUCAUUAAAAUUAUCCACUUAAUCCAAUCCAUUUAAACCCAAUCCAUUUAAUCCAAAUCCAAUUGGAUUGGUGGAUUCAUGGAUUGGAUCCAUGGAGUACCUAUUAUUUUUAUUUUUUACAUUUUGGUACCUAAAAUUUAAUUUUUUAUAUGAAAAUAUCAUUGGAAAAUUACGUUUUGGUGCCUAAAAAUUUUCAUUAUGACAUUUUAGUACCUAACCUUUUUAUAUUUUACAUAUUGGUCCUUGGUUGAGGAUGUCAUUUGGAUUCAUGGAUAAUCCACCAAUCCACUUGAUUCAAUCCAUGAAUCCACCAAUCCAUUAGAUCCAAUCCAUUUAAUCCAUGAAUCCACCAAUCCAAUCCAUGAAUCCACCAAUCCAAUCCAUUUGUCACCUCUAUUUGUCGGUAAACCGUUAUGUGCAUUAACUUAUGGUAGAUUUUAGAUUAAAAAAAAUUAAACUAUUUAAUUUUUAGUUGAGUAUGAAUUAUCUAAUUGUGAAUUCUUAUGUUAAUAUAAAGUUGCUUGCAAAAAAAGAUUCAAAAUAAUUUAAAACUAAUUUAUCUAUAUGACAAAAGAUUCUGACCAAUGGGCUGGAUAGUGGAGACUAAGCUAGUUAUAUUAAAGGAUUCCUGAAUAUAAUUUUUUCAAUAUAGAACUAGAUUUGAAACGGCUUGUUGGUUGAAUGAAUUAUCAAUGUUAUAAAUAAUAAUAGUAAUUGCUCCCAUUUUAUUUGGUACCAUGAAAAAUUCAAAUUCUUCAAUCACUAAAAAUAUUAAAAAAAAUAUGGACAUACAACAUAAGUUUUUAUGACAUUUUGAUGAUUCAUGAACAAAAUCCGUUAUAAAAAAAGGGAAAACACAACUCAUGCUAUGAAAUCGACUCCUAAAAAAUCAGUAUUCAAAAUGAUUUUCGAUUUACUUCUAGUUGUUCAAAAUCAUUGAAAAUUUCCUUUCAGUUGUCUUCGCAAUUUCUCCACCAUAAAAAAACAUCUUCUCCAUGCAGCGUGAUCUUCAUUAAUUAAAUCUUUAUUAGUGACCGCAAACUGGACCUGCGCAACAGGUUUUCUCCAACCCGACCCGAUUGGAGCGGGUAAAACCCAACCUGUCCUACAACGGGGUGGGCCUUGACUCGACCUACUAGCAUAACAGGGCAGCAAUGGUUAGAGCACUUCACCCGCCUCGUCCCGUCCCGUCUUUUCUAUAUUGUUGAUUAUCAUACGAGGGUUGGCUUUUUAUAUGGAACCCCAAAUCCCAUGAUUUCCAUCUCUUCCCAUCCCUUCUCCCUUUCGUUCCGCCGAAACAAUUGAUGCCAUUAAUGCCCCACAACGCGCAAUGCCCCAAAUCGGUACUACUUAAAUCGAUUAGUUUUUAAAGGGGUUGGGUGUGUUAUUGUUUGCGCAUUAUUGCGUAUUUAAUUAUAUGAUUUGAUUUCAUUUGAUAUUUAUUAAUAUACGAUUCGAUCAUUACGUGUUUACGUCUAUUGACGUAAUUCCCGAAAGGUAAAGAAAGAGUUUUAUUAUUAGUUGGACUCGAACCUAUUGGUUGCCUACGUAUCCGAGUAGUCGGAAUCAAAGUCCGCGUAGUUCAAUGAAAAAAGAGUGAUUUAUGAUGUGAUUUUAACACGUUCUAUUGAUCGUGAUUAAUAUAAUAAUUAUAGUUUUUUUUAGGAAAAUGCACUUAUAAUUACUCUUGUUGAUAUAAAUGAAAAUAUGCGUUGCACAAUUUUACCAUGUAAAGGAUUAUUAAUUAAUUCAUUAUUAAGUGAAAGAUUUUAUCUUGCUCUAAGCAGUUGUGGUCCAAUCGUACUGAUCAGAUUUCUUUAUAGUUUUGAUGAGAGUUGCAACAAGCAGUCGAGGUUGUCUAAGUGGUUAAGGAGUUGAGUAUGAAUUAUCUAAUUGUGAAUUCUUAUGUUAAUAUAAAGUUGCUUGCAAAAAAAGAUUCAAAAUAAUUUAAAACUAAUUUAUCUAUAUGACAAAAGAUUCUGACCAAUGGGCUGGAUAGUGGAGACUAAGCUAGUUAUAUUAAAGGAUUCCUGAAUAUAAUUUUUUCAAUAUAGAACUAGAUUUGAAACGGCUUGUUGGUUGAAUGAAUUAUCAAUGUUAUAAAUAAUAAUAGUAAUUGCUCCCAUUUUAUUUGGUACCAUGAAAAAUUCAAAUUCUUCAAUCACUAAAAAUAUUAAAAAAAAUAUGGACAUACAACAUAAGUUUUUAUGACAUUUUGAUGAUUCAUGAACAAAAUCCGUUAUAAAAAAAGGGAAAACACAACUCAUGCUAUGAAAUCGACUCCUAAAAAAUCAGUAUUCAAAAUGAUUUUCGAUUUACUUCUAGUUGUUCAAAAUCAUUGAAAAUUUCCUUUCAGUUGUCUUCGCAAUUUCUCCACCAUAAAAAAACAUCUUCUCCAUGCAGCGUGAUCUUCAUUAAUUAAAUCUUUAUUAGUGACCGCAAACUGGACCUGCGCAACAGGUUUUCUCCAACCCGACCCGAUUGGAGCGGGUAAAACCCAACCUGUCCUACAACGGGGUGGGCCUUGACUCGACCUACUAGCAUAACAGGGCAGCAAUGGUUAGAGCACUUCACCCGCCUCGUCCCGUCCCGUCUUUUCUAUAUUGUUGAUUAUCAUACGAGGGUUGGCUUUUUAUAUGGAACCCCAAAUCCCAUGAUUUCCAUCUCUUCCCAUCCCUUCUCCCUUUCGUUCCGCCGAAACAAUUGAUGCCAUUAAUGCCCCACAACGCGCAAUGCCCCAAAUCGGUACUACUUAAAUCGAUUAGUUUUUAAAGGGGUUGGGUGUGUUAUUGUUUGCGCAUUAUUGCGUAUUUAAUUAUAUGAUUUGAUUUCAUUUGAUAUUUAUUAAUAUACGAUUCGAUCAUUACGUGUUUACGUCUAUUGACGUAAUUCCCGAAAGGUAAAGAAAGAGUUUUAUUAUUAGUUGGACUCGAACCUAUUGGUUGCCUACGUAUCCGAGUAGUCGGAAUCAAAGUCCGCGUAGUUCAAUGAAAAAAGAGUGAUUUAUGAUGUGAUUUUAACACGUUCUAUUGAUCGUGAUUAAUAUAAUAAUUAUAGUUUUUUUUAGGAAAAUGCACUUAUAAUUACUCUUGUUGAUAUAAAUGAAAAUAUGCGUUGCACAAUUUUACCAUGUAAAGGAUUAUUAAUUAAUUCAUUAUUAAGUGAAAGAUUUUAUCUUGCUCUAAGCAGUUGUGGUCCAAUCGUACUGAUCAGAUUUCUUUAUAGUUUUGAUGAGAGUUGCAACAAGCAGUCGAGGUUGUCUAAGUGGUUAAGGAGUUGAUUAUGAAUUGAAGGUUUCGGUUUUGAAACUCAUUGUAAGCUGUUUCAUUUUUUGUGACUCGUUUUCGAGAGAGGAAACUGGCAAGGAAGAGUAAUUUUGUGGCAAAUUGAGGGAUAGUUCGGUCAUUACGAAAGGUGUAUAGAAUUACUGAGAAGGGAACACAAUUGGAACCCUGGCCGCAUUCGAUCUUCAAUUUCCUCUCAUUCUGCUCUCUCCUCUCUUUCUCUCGUUCGGUUUGGUAAGAAGUCGCUAUGCUAUCUUGAGCAUGUAAGUUUCAUUCGUUCUUUGGUCGACAGAUUGUUUCCUAUCGACUAAAUGAAUUUUCCUUCUCUGCUCCGUGCUAUCCCAAACGAAAGCCCGGAUCUUCUUAUCGAUAUACUCUCGAACACUGGUCGGUAGGAAACUUGUAUGCAUGGUAUAAGUUGGGAGAGAAGAAAGGACUGACUGUGUUAAUGUAAUUCGUGUAGCCAACGAUAACGCAUCAACUUUCCACCCUGCAAGACAUGCAUCAAUACGAUCAAUCAGGUCAGUAAAGGUGGCUUUGGACACUCGAUCAUGGAUGACUGGCACUCCUAAAUAGCGCCACAAGUUAGCAAUCUCCGGGAUCCCAAGCUCUUCACUCAAUCUCUCCCUCUGGGAUGUGGUAGUGUUUGCGGAGUAGUAUACCCGUGACUUGGGUUUACUAGCCUGUCAUGAUCUCCUGAACCUGUACACUUGUGGCUUCACCAAAGAGGAUAAGAUCAUCUGCAAAGAAAAGGUGAGAUAAUGG